CGUCCUACAAGGAAGUGGAGAGGGAGGGAGAUUCAGGUUGUGCUGGUACGAGCUACAAGCUGCUAGCAGAGCUGCACGUUAUGUUUACUCAGGGCAAGAAUAAUCGUGCAUGAAGGUGUUUUUAUAAAUGCUACGUAGGAUACGUUUUGAGUCAAAAUGGCGCUCAUGCGAAUGAGAAACACACAAGGUGCGAAUGCCACAGAGAUAGAGAAGAAAAUAAAAAGAGGUAACGCUCUGCGGCAGGGAUCUGCAUGGAGGGGGUCCCGAUGGCUUGUGGUUUCGCUGCUGGUCGCUGUGUCGGUGUGCGCGGCGGCUCUGUGGCUGUACGUGAGCUCUCUGGACAGCGACGUCACAGAAACGCUGGUCAGUCAGGGUGAGCUCGUCUCCCCUCAGCCCCGAGUCUACGCCGUCCAGUGCUCAGAGGACUACGAGAACUACAAACGUUAUCCAGGAUGCACUCCGCAGAAGUGUGGCCGUGCCGUCACAGACGGCGUGGUGUCGAGGGAGGAGGCUCAGGUCCUCAGGAGGCUGGCUGAGAGAGGGCUGGCGCUGGCCGGGUCAGACGGAGGAGCUUCCAUACUGGACCUGCACUCUGGAGCGUUGUCGAUGGGCAAACAGUUUGUCAACAUCUACAGGUAUUUCGGGGAUCAGCUGACGGAUGUGUUCACACAGGAGGAUUUCCAGCUUUACAGAAAUAUCCGUGGGCGCAUCCAGGCAGUUAUUGCUGAGACGUUUGGUUUGGACCCGACUGCGAUGUACCUCACCAAGCCCACCUUCUUCUCCAGGAUCAACAGCACGAUAGCCAAGACCCAACACGACGAGUACUGGCACCCGCACAUAGACAAGGUGACUUAUGGCUCUUUUGACUACACCUCUCUGCUGUAUCUGUCUGACUAUGGCUCUGACUUCACUGGGGGAAGAUUUAUCUUCAUGGACCAAAAUGGCAACCGGACAGUGGAACCACGGACAGGACGAGUCUCUUUCUUCUCCUCCGGCACGGAGAACCUCCACCGCGUGGAGAAGGUGACAUGGGGGACGCGCUACGCCAUCACCGUGUCCUUCACCUGCGACCCCGCACACGGCAUCUCUGACCCCGCCAUGCCCUGAGGCACCCGCGGGUGACGGCACCGCUCACUGGCUCGGACAAGCCCUGCAAAGAGGGGGAGGAAGACGUGAGAUGGGUUUCCUCCAGCUGGUUAAUAUCUGCCAUCUUUCUUUGAUUUGCAGAUAUUGACUCGCUGCCUCUUACUGGUUGUGCUACAGGAAGGAGAGAAAAAGCACACGCUCUCUUUGUAGAGGUCGUAUUUCUUACUUUGUACCUGACCCGUGGGUUUUUAUCUCAUUUUCUACAGCAGUUUCUUUUUUAUUGCACCAUCAUAAAGGCUAGAAUUAGGCGUUUUUGGGUUUAAAUUCACCAUAAUGUGUUUCUCUUGAUGAUUUGGGGCUCGAGCUGCGAUCGAGGCUAAAGUGGGAUUGCGUGUUUUCUGUGUGUCGUGGUAUGUUUUUCAUUUUAAAGGAGAGCUGUCGAUUCCUUCAAGAAGAGCGAUACAUCUGGUGAUUUAUGACCCCGGAGGUGUUUUCUUCUAAGAAGAACCCUCUCCUUGUUCCUGUGUGUUAACAUGUACGUUGUGGUCGCUGAGGACGGUUUGAAAUAAAAAUACUGACAGAA